UCAGCUGAAGGGGUUCCUGCAGACGCUUAAACUGGGUAUGGAAGGCAAGGAUGUCAUCAAUUUGAGACUAAAUACAGUCACUGCCAUGGCACAAAAAUCAAAGUUACAGACGAAAAUGGCUAUAAAUCGUCACAGUGACUAUCCCAUCAAGGUCUUUCCUCGAUAUCUACAAUCCCUAACAAUAGACAAUACGCAAUUGGUUAAAUUGAGCUAUCAUAUAUGCUCCUUACGGAAUCUAACCCACCUGGAUGUAUCCAACAAUAAGUUGCGUAAGUUACCUGUUGAACUGGGGAGAUUACACUUGAGCAAGCUCGUCCUCCAUGACAAUAAUCUGGGUGAAAUGGACGAUUGGUCAUUUCUAAAUGGCAGCAAAUUACGAGACUCCCUGCGCGAAUUGGAUUUAUCGGCCAACGAUUUGACAUGUUUGCCUUUGCCUGUGGUCAAGUGCCACAAAUUGGUUAACUUGAAUCUCAAUUACAAUAAUUUGACUCAUCUACCCUUUGCCAUACGUCGCCUGAGAAGAUUACGCUCGCUUUACGUGUCGGAAAACAAAUUAAAAUCCCUGCCAGCUGCCAUAGAUGAUUUACGUAUUGAAAUCUUGGAUGUUUGGCGUAAUUCAUUCAAGGGUCUCAAUGUCUUGGAGGCUCAUCGCCUGGCCUUUGCUUCCGAUGCGGACGGAGCUUCAACUCAUUCGCGUGAACCUCUCUGGCUUCAAGCUGUGGCCUAAUAUGAACUGCCAAUCGAUUCCCUGCCAGCCUUACUCAUUAAACUAAUUGCCGAGGCACCAAAAUGUACCUGUGGCAAAUUGUGCGAUGCUUUAGACAAGAAGCACAUUAUCGAACGUGUUGGUCAACCGAAAUUUGUAAAUAUUAAAAAUCUUACCUAUAGUCGAGAGCAUAUGAUCUAUUCUGAUGUUGUCAUAUGUGGCAACAAUUGUAGUAUAAGCAACCAAUGUAA